AGGGCGGGGWGGGGCGAGCGGCCGGGUUACGCCCGCCUCCAUCCGGGGGCCUGAGCCGCUAAAAUGGCGAUGGCCGUAUCGAUGGCGGCAGCUCGCGCCGCUCCCGGGAGCCCGGGGCUAGGGGCCGAGUAGUCCCUUCCCCGGAGCCCGCGUCCUGGCCGCGGGGCGUCCUGGGGCGCGGCGGCCGCAGCCCCCACCCGGAUCCUCGGUCAGCCCUCCUGGCGCGUCCAUGAACUCGGUGUCGCCGGCCGCCGCGCAGUACCGGAGCGGGAGCCCGGAGGACGCGCGCCGGCGCGAGGGCCGCAGGCCGAGGGUUCCUCGAGUCCCGGACCCCAACGGCCUGGGGCCCUCCGGAGCCAGCGGUCCCACUCUUGGCUCUCCCGGAGCUGCCCCAGUUGAGCCGGACGAAGUGGACAAGUUCAAGGCCAAGUUUCUGACUGCCUGGAACAACGUCAAAUAUGGUUGGGCGGUUAAAAGCCGGACCAGCUUUAGCAAGAUCUCCAGCAUUCACCUCUGUGGCCGCCGCUACCGUUUUGAGGGUGAAGGUGACAUCCAACGUUUCCAGCGAGACUUUGUGUCACGCCUGUGGCUCACUUACCGAAGGGACUUUCCACCCCUGGCGGGGGGCUGCCUGACCUCCGAUUGUGGCUGGGGAUGCAUGUUGCGCAGUGGCCAGAUGAUGCUGGCCCAGGGCCUGCUACUGCAUUUCCUCCCCAGAGACUGGAGAUGGGCCGAGGGCACAGGCUUGCUUCCCCCUGAGCUGUCAGGGGUGACCUCUCCCAGCCGGUACCGUGGGCCUGCCCGCUGGAUGUCCCCACACUGGGCUCAGGGCACCCCUGAGCUGGAACAGGAACGUCGGCACCGGCAGAUUGUGUCCUGGUUUGCUGACCACCCCCAGGCCCCUUUUGGUCUACAUCGGCUGGUGGAGCUGGGACAGAGCUCAGGCAAGAAGGCGGGUGACUGGUAUGGGCCAUCGCUGGUGGCACACAUCCUCAGGAAAGCUGUGGAGAGCUGCUCAGAGGUCACCCGCCUGGUAGUGUAUGUUUCUCAGGACUGCACAGUUUAUAAGGCGGACGUGGCACGCCUGAUGGCCAGGUCGGACCCUACAGCUGAGUGGAAGUCUGUGGUCAUCCUGGUGCCUGUGCGACUGGGUGGUGAGACGCUCAACCCAGUGUACGUGCCCUGCGUAAAGGAACUACUGCGGUCAGAACUGUGCUUAGGCAUCAUGGGGGGCAAGCCACGACACUCACUGUACUUCAUCGGCUACCAGGAUGACUUCCUGCUAUACCUGGACCCCCACUACUGCCAGCCAACAGUGGAUGUCAGCCAGGCUGAUUUUCCCCUGGAGUCUUUCCAUUGUACCUCACCCCGCAAGAUGGCCUUCGCCAAGAUGGACCCUAGCUGUACCGUGGGGUUCUAUGCUGGAGACAGGAAGGAGUUUGAGAAGCUCUGCUCGGAGCUGACCAGGGUUCUCAGCUCCUCUUCAGCCACAGAACGGUACCCCAUGUUCACCCUGGCCGAGGGCCACGCUCAGGACCACAGCCUGGAUGACCUCUGCUCCCAGCUUUCCCAGCCAGCCACUCUGCGCCCCCCUCGCACAGGGCGCCUCCUCAAGGCCAAAAGGCCAAGCUCCGAGGACUUUGUGUUUUUAUAAUGGGAUGGGGGGGAAAGAUGCAAUACUAUUUAUUUUUUUAUUUAUGUCAUCUUGGAUAUGGGAUCUAGAACUCUGGUGAUAGGAUCCCCAUUCUCACCCCCUCCACAAACCCAGCUGAGACCUGUCUAGGACUCUGCAGGGCUGGGGCUGUUCUAGCAGUGGAUGAGCCCCAGGCAGCCUGCCUCCUGCCAACUGGGUCCUCCUCACAGACAGGGAGUGAGGGAGGACUCCUGGGCACUCACUCAGGGCCUGACUCAAGUACUGUAGUUUGCACUGGACCAGCUGUGCCCCUCAUGUUCCCAAAGCCCCCUUCUAAGGGAACUUUGGCUGCUGGGGGAUAAUAAAGCUGCUGAACUUGAA